AUGGCUCCAUCAAGCAAAUCUACUCCUGCAAAGGACCGACGCAAGUCUUCCGCGAGCACCGCCUCUGCAGCCUCCAAGGUCAUCACCCUCAAGGUUUCGCCCGACAGGCUGCGAGCCGUCGUCGACCCAGCAGCAUCCGACGCCGCCAAGGACGACACCCCCAUGAAGGAUUCCAACGACUCGCCGUCCACCUCGACGCCUGUGCCCAACGGCGCUGCUGCCAUCCCCGACAACGCCUCCGACUCCAACCCAGCGACUCCCGGCAACGGUGGCACUCCUGCACCGUCCGUCAUGGGACCGCCUGGCGACGGCCAAGGCCCAAAGAAGAAGGGCGUCAAGAGAUCCGCUGCUGCAACAAAUGGUGACGCUCCGCCUAAAGUCCGGGGCAAGCCAGGUCCCAAGAGGAGAAAAGUCAACGACGACGGCACCAUCGAGCCUCGAGCCGCGGCCCACCGACUCGGCCCCAAGGCCAACCAGGGCGCUAUCAACGCAGGCCUGCGCGCCCUCGACCGCAGCGGCAAGCCCUGCCGCAAGUGGACCAAGGGCAGCUUCCAGCUCAAGACCUUCACCGGCGUGCAGUGGCAGAUCAACCGAUGGACCGCUCCGCCCAAGCCCAAGCCGUCCGACGAGUCCAUCUCCGAGAACGGCGUGCCGACCUCGACCCCAGCCUCCGCCGACGGCAGCAGCAGCAAGGAGAACAAGGAGAACGGGGGAGGCAACCCGGGCAAGAGCGAGAACAACAGCACCUCGGGCGCCGACGUCGAGAUGCAGAGCCUGCCCAGCGUCCAGGCCAGCUCGCCUGCGCCCAUGGCCAUCGCCGCGGGCGCUUAG